CUCUUUCUUAAGUCACUUCAAAUGCUAUCCGCGGACGGGCGGCUCAUUGUCAGGAGAGUUGCAGCUCGAGCAGGAGGGAGAGAACGCAGGUACAACAGCAGCAGCAGCGGCAGCAGCAGCAGCACUUCAUCCACAGCAUCACAGAAACACACUCCACUACACUCAGCUGAGAGAAAAUGGAGAAGGACGGUGUGAGUUUCCCACCAGCAAGAAGUCCUCCUCUCAGAGACGAGCUAAGACAAGCUUCUCAGCACAGUUUCUAUCUGAGCCCUUCUCCGCUCUACAUUAAGCCCUCGAAAUUCUCCCCUCCCAGAUACCCCAGCAUGUCACCCACCAGAGACUCCUACAGCACGUUCAGCCUGCCUGCUUUCUUUCCCAUGCUGGGCCCCGGUUAUAUACAGAAAGAAGGAUCCCAAAAACGCAAAAGAACUCCUUUCAAAAUGGACGAGCACGGAGAUGAAUCCGCCAACAGAGGAGAGGAGGAAGAGGAGGAGGAGGAGGAAAGCCGAAGUAAGACAACUGUGGACCUGGACCGCAAUCCCUUCUCCCUCCCACCUCUUCCUGUUCCUUCCCCAUCUCCAAAACUCAUCCCUGGUAUGAUUGAGCUGAACCGACUGCAGCUCCACCACAGAUCACCUGGCAUGAAUCUACCUGUGCAGGUCAAACAGGAACCUCUCAGUCCCUCCCCUGUUUGGCCUCCUUCCCCUCUCCUCCUCCACCCUCCCUACUUCCCAUCCCUCCACCAUCGCCUCCUCCCCUACCCCUUCUUCAUGCCCGGUCCUGUUAUGCACCUCUCCCCUGGGUCUUUCUACCCAAGAGAGGACCUCCGUGUCAGGCAUCGCAGCCGAGACGGACCUCCCCGGGGUGGGACAACGAGCGCAGAAAAGCUCGGCCUCAACGUCCAUGUGGAUGACAGUUACUACGUUGACGUGGGCGGAGAUCAAAAGAGGUGGAAGUGUCGCAUGUGUGAGAAGUCCUACACCUCAAAGUACAACCUGGUCACGCACAUUCUGGGACACAAUGGCAUCAAACCUCAUGGGUGCCACCUGUGUGGGAAGCUGUUUAAGCAGCUAAGCCACCUGCAUACACAUUUGCUCACACACCAGGGCAUGAGGCCACACAAGUGCCAGGUGUGCCACAAGGCCUUCACUCAGACCAGCCACCUGAAGAGACACAUGAUGCAGCACAGCGAUGUAAAGCCAUACAGCUGCAGUGUGUGCGGCAGAGGUUUCGCAUACCCCAGUGAGCUCCGUGCCCAUGAACUGAAGCAUGAGAAGGGUCAGGAGAACGUGUGUGUGGAGUGUGGCCUGGACUUCCCCACACUGGCACAGCUGAAAAGGCACCUAACUGUGCAUCGUGGCCCCACUCUGUACAGGUGCACUGAGUGCCAGAAGACUUUCCAGUACCCGAGCCAGCUUCAGAACCACAUGAUGAAACACAAAGACAUCAGACCGUACAUAUGCAGCGAGUGUGGGAUGGAGUUCAUCCAGUCACACCACCUGAAACAGCACACGCUCACUCACAAAGGCGUGAAGGAGCACAAGUGUCGCAUCUGUGGCCGUGAGUUCACCCUGUUGGCCAACAUGAAGCGCCAUGUUCUGAUCCACACCAACAUACGGGCCUACCAGUGCCAUAUGUGCUUCAAGAGCUUCGUCCAAAAACAGACCUUAAAGGCUCACAUGAUCGUCCACUCGGACAUCAAGCCGUAUAAAUGCAAGCUUUGUGGGAAAGAGUUCAACAGGAUGCACAACCUAAUGGGCCACAUGCAUCUCCACUCAGACAGCAAACCCUUCAAAUGCCUUUACUGCCCCAGCAAGUUCACACUGAAGGGAAACCUCACCAGACACAUGAAGGUCAAACAUGGAGUCAUGGACAGAGGGCUGGAUGAAAGACUGUUUAGGCAAAGGGGACGAUACUGCCUGUCUACUCCAAUGGGCCUCCUUACCCGCUUCAGCCAGGAGGAGCCAUUUGACCUUUCCCAGAAGCCCUCGGGCCUCCCCAGCCUCCGACUCUCGCAGUCUGAUGGUGAGAGCGUCCCUGGGAGCUCGUGUCAGGAGGAAGAUGAGGAGAGUUUGUACAGGAGGAGCCCGUACAGCCCCGAGCCGGACCACCACGAGCCAGCGGGAGAAGAGCAGUACUCCCCUGAGCUGGAGGAGAGAGGGCAGGGGUCUCCAGCUGAACUACGACCAAAGAAGAAGCAGAGACAAAUGUAUCAGGAUAGUUUAGAAGAAGAAGAGACAGAGGAGCAGACUGUAGACCCCAGCGGUGAGCAGGAGCAUCUCCUACAGUCAGAACACACAUCUGAGUUAGAUUACGAGUCUCAUUCAGAGCCUGGAGAGGACCAAGAGACAGGCUGCAGACAGUAUGAUUCUGACUCAGAUUCCGAGCUAGAUGACCACCAGGAGCUAGAUCAUGAAGAGCAAAGUGAACAGCAGAUUCCUAGCAUUUGUGACUAAACCUACCAUGAGGCAGAGAGGAACAAGUGAAAUCAUGUGAGCAAUAUUAGUGCGAAAUGAAGAAGAAGAAGCACAAUAAUAAUAGAAGUCAGACGAUGAAAUAGAAGAAGUUAAUCAGUGCCAGGUCGAUUUUUUUAUUAAUGUAAGCCCACAAUGCCAGUUUGUUGUCGUGUCUAAGCAAAGGUAGCACUGCUAAAUUGCUACUGCCAUAACGCUCUACUACGCAGAUGUAAACCAGCACCGUAGUAUCUUGCAGCCUGUAGCAGUUUAGAUGUAUUUUAAUCUAGAAAAUGGAGAUAAACAGUAUGCAGAGUAUGCAGACUCUGUGAACUCUUGUUUGGUCGUGUUACAUAUACUGUGAUACAUUUUGACUCCUUUCUGAGGGAUUUCUUACCUUUCGACUAGUCUGAAAUACAUUUUAAAACAGUUCGCCCAGGAACAUUUCUGAAUGAAGAUUGGUUAUGGAGGAGGUGCUGUUUAAGCUUAGCACUGUAACAAGAAAUACAAUCAUAUAGUUUUGUCAAUUAAAUAAAUACAACUGACAUAUAAAGCUGUGAAGCAUUCUGCAUGUAGACAACAUAUCAUUCAUAAUCACUGAUACGUCAGUGUUCAUUGAUUGGAGGAAAGGUUCUGUGAGGGUUAAUCUGUUUUUGUACAUAAAAUAGAAAAUCAUAUUUAAUGUUUUUUUUUUUCCUUUAAAAUAAUUUUAUAAUAUUGAAUAACAAAAGUCACGUUUGAGUUUUCUUUAUAUGUUGCCCUUGUAUUUUGUGUAAAUGUAUGAGAUCAAAAUCAAUACUGUGUUAUUUCUGACUCUUUUGUUUAUGUUUUGGGGAGAUUUUCUUAUUUUUUUUGUUCAUUUGUUGGUGGGAUUUUGUACUUAAAGUGAGAUUUGGGUGUAACAUUGUUAUUUACACAGAAACAGACUUGGACAAGCUUGAUGUAUCAUAUCCAUUCAGUGUCUUUAUGAAAUAAACUGCAAACUGUGUUUGAA